GUGUACCUCCGGCCUGCUUCUGGACACCGAAGGAAAGCAAAGGCAGAGGAAAUGGCUGGGGGCCUGAAAGGAGCCACCCACGGAGAAGGACAGAGGCAUCAAGAUGGAUAAAAUCCUUUUCCUUCAUUGAGGCUGAGGGGACCCCUUCAGUUCUGGCUCCAUUCCAGGCUUGCUCAAGUUUCGGACCAUGGGUUGCUGAUCCCUUGAGAAGAAGAGGUUAAGAUACAGUGUGAAAACAAUUCACUGCAAUGGCUGACAGAAAGGGGAGCAGGGGAGGGUGGGGACAGCCAAGGUGGCUUCCUAGAGGAGGCAGCGGCCAGAAGCAAGGCCUAGAAGAGGUCGGUGUGGGAAGGGGAAGCAGACACAGGGCCUGGCCUUGAGUGGGCCUGGUUCCCCCAUCUCCUCUUCCUGAAACGGAGCCGGAGUCCCCACCUCGGCUGUGACCCUGAGUUCUGGAGAGGCCCAACCUACUCCAGCUUUGGACUCUGCCCAGGAAUUUCCACAGAAGUGAACAGGCCAAAUCCCAAGCAGGUUGGACUCAGCCCUCCCCACAGCAACCUGCCCUUAAGUCGGUCCUUCCUGACACUGCCUGCUCACUCCAGGAUCCUCUCCCGCCUCUGCAGCCCUGCCAGGUAGCGGGCACUCCCCAGCCUGCGCCGCCAGCUUCACAACUUGUGCAACUGAAAAGCCUGGCCCAUGACAGACGACACACCGAGACAAAGAGAGGCCAUCUCUCUCGCGCCCAUGGCACAUGGCCUGGAGAACAUGGGGGCUGAGUUCCUGGAAAGCAUGGAGGAAGGCCAGCUCCCACAAGGUAACUCAAGCCUGUCUGAGGGUGUUGGCAGCUGGGACAAAGCAUCGAAGCACGUCUCCAGAUGGAGGAGUCUACAGCUGACGGGGCGAGCGAGAAGCUUCUGCAGGGAGCACAAGCAGCUGUUUAGAUGGGUCCUCACAGGCCUGCUUUGUACUGCCUUCCUGGCUUUCUUGAUCACCGCCUGCCUGCUGGACUUCCAGAGGGCCCUGGCGCUGUUGGUCAUCACCUGUGUGGUUCUCGGCUUUCUGGCCUAUGAUCUGCUGAAGAGGCUUCUGGGGUCCAGGCUGAGGAGGUGUGUGAAGUGUCAAGGCCAUUCUCGCCUGAACCUCUGGCUGAAAAGAGGUCUAGCCCUGGCUGCUGGCCUGGGCCUGAUCUUGUGGCUAUCUCUGGACACCUCUCAGCGGCCAGAACAGCUGGUGUCCUUUGCAGGGAUGUGUGUGUUCCUUGUGCUUCUCUUCGCUGGCUCCAAGCAUCACCGUGCUGUGUCAUGGCGGACUGUGUUCUGGGGCCUUGGACUGCAGUUUGUGCUUGGCCUCUUUGUCAUCAGGACAGAACCAGGAUUUGUUGCAUUCCAGUGGCUAGGGGAUCAGAUCCAGGUCUUCCUGAGCUACACGGUGGCCGGCUCCAGCUUUGUCUUCGGGGACGCUCUGGUCAAGGAUGUCUUUGCCUUUCAGGUUUUACCCAUCAUUGUUUUCUUCAGCUGUGUCAUGUCGGUUCUCUACUACCUGGGCCUCAUGCAGUGGGUGAUCCUGAAGAUUGCCUGGCUGAUGCAGGUCACCAUGGGCACGUCAGCCACUGAGACCCUGAGUGUGGCAGGAAACAUCUUUGUGAGCCAGACCGAAGCUCCUCUGCUCAUCCGGCCCUACCUGGCAGACAUGACUCUCUCUGAAGUUCACGUUGUCAUGACUGGAGGCUACGCUACUAUUGCUGGUAGCCUCCUGGGCGCCUACAUCUCCUUUGGGAUUGAUGCUGCCUCCUUAAUCGCUGCCUCCGUAAUGGCAGCCCCCUGCGCUUUGGCCCUCUCCAAGCUGGUUUACCCGGAGGUGGAGGAGUCCAAGUUCCGGAGUGAGGAAGGAGUGAAGCUGGGUUACGGAGAUGCUCAGAACCUCGUGGAAGCAGCCAGUGCUGGGGCUGCCGUCUCAGUGAAGAUCGUUGCCAACAUUGCUGCCAAUCUGAUUGCCUUCCUGGCUGUCCUGGCCUUCAUCAACGCUGCCCUCUCCUGGCUGGGGGACAUGGUGGAUAUCCAGGGACUCAGCUUCCAGCUCAUCUGCUCCUACAUCCUACGGCCUGUGGCCUUCUUGAUGGGCGUGGCCUGGGAGGACUGUCCAGUGGUGGCUGAGCUGCUGGGCAUCAAGCUGUUUCUAAAUGAGUUUGUGGCCUAUCAAGAGCUUUCCCAGUACAAGCAGCGGCGCCUGGCAGGGGCUGAGGAGUGGCUCGGUGACAAGAAACAGUGGAUCUCUGUCAGAGCAGAAAUCCUGACAACGUAUGCCCUCUGUGGAUUCUCCAACUUCAGCUCCAUCGGCAUCAUGCUGGGAGGCCUCACCUCUCUGGUCCCCCAGCGGAGGAGUGACUUCUCCCAGAUUGUGCUCCGGGCGCUGAUCACUGGGGCCUUCGUGUCCCUGGCAAACGCCUGUGUGGCAGGGAUCCUCUAUGUGCCCAGGGGGCUCGAGGUGGACUGUGUGCCUCUUCUGAAUCAGACCCUCACCAGCAGCAGCUUUGAGGUGUACCAGUGCUGUGGCCAGGUCUUCCAGAACACCAGCUUGGAGUUCGGCCCAGAGGCAUUGGACAACUGCUGUCGAUUUUACAAUCGCACGAUCUGCACAUAGCUGGAACUGAACAGCUUCCUACCCUCAGGGGUCAUUCAUCCCAGAAAGUGUCUGUCCUCAGGAGGCCAUGGAACUCAUCACUACUUCCACAGUUCUACAGUUGGGAACCGGUGCUACAGGGAUUGGAGACAUCGUAAAUGAAAACACCUCCCGCCCUGGUCACAUCACUACUCCCCCAUGUGCUGCCUCUUUAAAGUGUGCGUCCCCAGCGUCUCUCCUGCUCCCGUGCCCUCUGCCAGUUCACCUUCUGGUCCCCUCUACUCCUCUUCCCUUGGGAUCCUCAUGUGUACCUGUCCAAAGCCUCCUCCCUGCUCCCUCCCGAGCAUCACACUUGUUGGUCCCACCCCCUCCAGAAGCUGCCUCUAGAGACACCCACCUUCACGCAGUCCCCCAGAGUGCUUUCCAAACUGGUGCCCCGAGGGACAGCAUCUCAGCAGGUGCGAGUUUGGAGCCCUGAGCUAACUAAAGUUGGACAGGGUUCGUUUGAUACGGUUUUUAGACAGGGCCUCGUGCAGCUCGUUCUGGUCUUGAGCUCACUCUGCAGCUGGGGAUGACUCCUGAUCCUCCUGCUGUCACCUCCCGAGUGCUGGGAGUACAGCUGUGUCCAUCACACCUGGCCCAUAAGAACUUGCUAUUUGAGCUGUCAGGAGAUCUCAGCAGGCAAAGGCAUCUGCAGCUCAACUCGGUGAGCCGAGUCUGAUCCUGGGGCCCCAUAGUGAGAGGAGAGAAUAUGUGUGCUACGGCACAUGCCCCACCUCUCCCCAUUAAAAAUAACGAAAUGCAGCUAGGUAGUAGUGGCGUACACCUUUAAUCCCAACACUUAGGAGGCAGAGGCAGAUGGAGCUCUGAGUUUGAGACCAGCCUGGUCUACGGACAGAGUUCCAGGACAGGGAAGGCUACGUAGAGAAACCCUGACUCGAACAAAACAGUAAUAAUAAUAGUAGUAGUUGUAAUAUAACUAUCAUUUUAAAAUGACAUUUUUUGUGCAUGAGUGUGAUGUGAGUGUAAGGAUGUGAGUGCUAUCACAGACAUGUGGAGAUUAGAAAACAACUUUUGAGAUUUGGUUCUUCCACCUUUAUAUAGAUUCUGAGGAUCAAAUUCGAGUCUUCAGGCUUGCAUGGCAAGUUCUUUACCUGAGGGGCCAUUUGCCAGCCCAAGAUGUUUCUUUGUUUUGUUGUUUGUUUGCUUAUAACAGGGUUCUUACUAUGUAGCCCUGGCAGUCCUGGAACUCACUGUGCUGGGAUUAAUAAGGGCAUGCACCACCACUCCCAGCUCCAGGAACUUUUCUUGGUAAAAGUGUCUUUUUGAAGGUGUCAUAGAAUACAGUUGGGCAAAUAUCUCAGAGUCACAUUGCUCUAUUUUCCCUGAUUGUGACACCAGCGAAUGUUUGCACAGAACUGGAAUCAGUUAUGACUCUCAGUGCUUUAUAGGUUUUCUUUCAGUCCUCGCAACUAUCCUAUGAGGCUGGCGCGGUUGUUAUCCCUAGUUGACAUAGUAGAGCCCCAGAGAGGUGAAGUAACUUGCCUAAUGAAACAUAGCUAGGAAGAAGAAAAGACAGGCUUUGAGCCCAGGGCAUUAAAAUUUCUAUAAUCAGUGAUACACUAGCCUGCCAGUGUCUGAGGGACUCUAUUGGGUGACUAGACAGCUCCUCCUUUCUGCCUCUUGUCCUGAUGUCAUGCCUUGAGCUCCAUUAGGUCAGGUUUUGAUGUUUGCUUCCAAAUAUUUCCAAAUCCCUGUGCUGAUCAGUCUAUGACAACUCAACACAAACUAGAAUCACAUGGGAAGAGGGACCUCAACUGAGGAAUCACUUCCACUGGCCCGUGGGCAAGUCUGUGGAUCUGUGGAUUGUCGGUUGGGAGGGCCCAGUCCACUGUGGGCGGUUCCAUUCCUAGGCAGGUGCCUAUGCAUGCUAUAGGAAAGCAAACCGAGCAAGCUGUGGAGAGCAAGCCAGGAAGCAGUGUUCCUCUGUGGUCUCUGCUUUCUCCCGCUCCUGCCUCCAGCUUCCCUAGGUAAAGGCCUGUGCUUGAGAUAUGUAAACCAAAUAAACUCUUUCCUUCUGA